AUAAUAAUUAAUAGUAAUUAUGUCGAAAAUGAGUGGUGAUGAACUGGCUGUCUUGAGAAAGACCUGGGACAUUUAUAUUACUGAUAUGGCUACUAAUGGGUGCGAUGCAUUUAUUAGGCUAUUCGACGAGAACCCCACAUUCCGGGCGUGGUUCCCGAAAAUGGUGGGCGAACUCCGGGAUAACCCGGCGGUCAUACGGAACGCUGAAAGUGACUUCCUAUUCAUAUCGGGACUCAUAGACAACUAUAUCGAACAGGAUAAGGGUGAGGCCAGAAAGAAUCUUGCUAAAUGGUCAGGGUGCCACCAUAAGAAUAAUGUGACGGCUGAAAUGUUGGGCAAAUUUCGGGAUGUGCUCCUGGAUGAAUUGAAAAUAAAAUUGGGUCCCGAAGUUAUGGAUGAGGCAACUAAUAGCACCUGGGCUAAAUUCUUUGAGACUGUUAUGGCGUCUAUUUAUCAUUAAUGUAGUGGAUUUUAUACUAGCACAUUUAUGU